CGGGUCGCCGAGGCCGCCGGCCGCGGCGCACACAUCCGUGUUCGCCGGGGUCCAGUCUAUGGAGUCAGUGGGCGCGGCAGGCAGCUCGGAGGCAGGAGGCGGUGUCCGAGUGGGGGCCUCUGCCCCGCCAGGAUGUUUCCGGGCUUGGCCGCCGCCGCCGCGGCGCACAGAUGCAGCUGGGCGGCGCUGUGCAGGCUCGGUGGCGGCCGGGCAGCGGCCCGCGGCCGCAGCCAGGGAUGGAAGACUUUAAUGACAUUUGACAGCUUUACAUACAUGGUUCCCAACAUUCACCCACAUGUAUCUGUUCUGAAUCAAGUCAAGUUGUACUCUACGAAUGUCCAGAAAGAAGGGCAGAGCUCACAAACUCCAAGAGCUGACAAAGUCCCAUCACUUACACAAACGGCAGAAAAUAUAGGCGCAGAACUCAAAGCUCCACUCAAGCAAGAUCCUCUCCAAGUAAGAGUCAAAGCAGUCCUUAAGAAAAGGGAGUAUGGAUCACAGUACACUAAGAACAACUUCAUCACUGGAGUCAGAGCAAUCAACGAGUUCUGCCUUAAGUCCAGCGAUUUAGAACAGCUUCGAAAAAUCAGGCGACGAAGUCCCCACGAUGACACUGAGUCCUUCACUGUGUUCUUGAGGUCAGAUGUGGAAGCAAAAGCUUUGGAAGUUUGGGGAAGCCUUGAAGCUCUUGCCAGAGAGAAAAAAUUGCGUAAAGAAGCAGAAAUAGAAUACAGAGAACGGCUGUUUAGAAACCAAAGAAUAUUAAGAGAAUAUGGUGAUUUCUUGGGAAACACAAAGCCACGCUCCAGAGCAGUCUCAGUGUUCCUUAAGGGACCAGGAAAAGUGGUGAUGGUUGCUAUUUGCAUUAAUGGCUUAAACUGCUUCUUUAAAUUUCUUGCCUGGAUUUAUACGGGUUCAGCAAGUAUGUUCUCAGAAGCUAUACAUUCAUUAUCUGAUACCUGUAACCAGGGUUUGCUAGCACUGGGCAUCAGCAAGUCUAUUCAAACACCAGAUUCUUCUCACCCGUACGGCUUUUCAAAUAUGCGCUAUAUUUCUUCAUUGAUUAGUGGUGUUGGUAUUUUCAUGAUGGGCGCAGGACUCUCUUGGUAUCAUGGAGUCAUGGGAUUGCUUCAUCCUCAACCAAUGGAAUCCCUCCUAUGGGCAUAUUGUAUUUUAGCAGGUUCUUUGGUGUCUGAAGGAGCAACACUUCUUGUUGCCAUAAAUGAACUUCGAAGGAGCGCUCAGGCCAAGGGCACGUCAUUUUACAAGUAUGUCAUGGAAAGUCGUGAUCCGAGUACAAAUGUUAUUCUAUUGGAGGACACUGCAGCUGUUUUGGGAGUGAUUAUAGCAGCUACCUGCAUGGGCCUUACCUCCAUAACAGGCAAUCCAUUGUAUGACAGCCUGGGUUCCUUGGGUGUGGGCACCUUACUAGGUGUGGUCUCGGCAUUCCUCAUCUACACUAACACAGAAGCACUCCUAGGACGAUCCAUCCAACCAGAGCAAGUACAGCGGCUUACUGAACUCCUGGAGAGUGACCCAUCAGUAAGGGCAAUCCAUGAUGUCAAAGCCACAGAUCUGGGAUUAGGCAAAGUCAGAUUUAAGGCAGAAGUUGAUUUUGAUGGACGAGUUGUUACAAGAUCAUAUUUGGAAAAGCAAGAUUUUGACCAAAUGAUGCAAGAAAUUCAAGAAGUGAAAACUCCUGAACAAUUAGAAGCCUUUAUGCUUAAACAUGGAGAAAAUAUUAUUGAUACUCUAGGAGCUGAAGUAGACAGGCUUGAGAAAGAGCUGAAGAAACGAAAUCCUGAAGUUCGACAUGUAGAUCUUGAGAUCCUGUAGAUAGGAUGAAUGAGUCACUUGGGACGUGGAGAUGUCUUCCUCCCCACUGAAGGGGUCAGUGCCAUCCAGAAGCCGAGCCUUUGCAGAUGGAUGGGAUGUGUCUCUCAUGUGCUGAGCAAUGGGACGGGCAGGCCGCAGGACUCAGACUUCUCUUCUAAUCAUGUCUUUGUGCUUCUGAAGGGACACUGCUGCUUAGGUCACCCACAGUCUCAUUUCAGCCAGUCCGUGUUGAACCAUGAAAUCAUGUUUUCUUUCUUAACAUGGCACGACAUGUCCCUGUGGACUUGUAUCUUAGGUUACAGCUGAAAAGUUUGGUCCACCAAAGUUCUAAUCUUGAGUAUUCUGGCUAAACCUUGUUGUGUGAUUUGUAAACAGUCACUGUGUUUUGAGGGCUGUCUUUCCUGCCCAGUUGGGAAAGUAUUUCUGUGUCCUUUGUGGCUCUGACGGAACACUGAGAGGUGCACUCUUCUGAUGUCAUUGUCCAGAAGCAGAUGUUCAUUCCAGAAGCAGCACACUUACUGAGUGGAGAGAAGACAUCUCCACAUCUUUCAGAUCAUAGUUGUUGCCACUUUGUAAAAUUUCUUCUCUCUCUUUUAUCUUUUUCCUUAUUUAGUUUAAUUUUUGUAAUGUUAAAAACAUAAUCCUAGAUGUAUGACUUUUUUUUAAAACUGGCUUCAGUGCCAUAGUGUUUAUUUACUGGGAAAUAAUGCAUUUGUAAAUGUUUUACCAUUCUGUAGUAUGGACUAGAAAUAUUUAUAAUUUUACAGGCAGGAUAACAUUUUGUUUUUAAUUUAUUUAAGAGAAGGCACUACUUGUGUAAAUGUGAACCAUGGGAUACCUUUUACUUUGAGAGAGAAGUAAAUCUCUUACACUGAAGCGUGUGUUGUGGUUUUGUGUGUUCUCAGAGCCAACAGUGUGUCUGAUGUCUUGCAGUUCAAGUGGGCACUUAGCAUAGUAUAUUGGCUCUAACACAUUAUGAAAGCAAAGAGCUAGCUGGUGACUGAGAUGUCGAGAGAAAGGACAUUCAGUUUAGUAACUACAGACUCAGUGAAAAGCUGCAGCUGUCUGCCCAGACAGCUUAUGAGCUGUGUGGGAGUGGUGGCUGCCCUGCUGGGGAGAGUGCCAGACACACGGCCUCACACCCUGUGAGCUCAGGGUCUCCAGACUUUCUGAGCUGGAAGUUCAUGUAUUAUAGAAAACUGGAAUGUGGAAACAAAAAAUAAAUCUCUGAUUAAA